CAAUAGCUGGCCCUAGAACACGACGCCUAUUUAAAACAACAAAAUACUCUCAGAGCCACCCACGAAUCGUUCACGCAUAUAAUCGAUUCCUCUCGAUUACUCGGAGUUCUGUUGAAUCUUUUAUGCAAAUCGCUUGAUCACAGAAUUUGUGCUUUGCUGGGAAGAUUAAACGUCUGGUUUUCUGGAGUAAGGGUUUAGAAUUUUUAGAUCUCUAGGACUGAAUGUUCUAAUCUAAUGGAGUCUAAAGGCGGGAAAAAGACGUCUAGCAGUAGAUUCUACGAGGCGCCCCUUGGUUAUAGCAUUGAAGACAUUCGACCCAACGGUGGAAUCAAGAAAUUCAGAUCUGCUGCCUACUCCAACUGCGCUCGCAAGCCAUCCUGAUAUUCUCUAGCUAGCCAUCUCACCACUUAGUGUGGUUACUAAGCUUUUUUUUUUUCUUUCAGUUAGUUUGAUUUCCUUUUUCGAGUAUUGCGUCCUCUUCCUCACUCUCCCUUUCCCUUUUAUCUCUCCCCUCACUAUCUCUCACAACUCUCAUAUCUUGCAAUUGUGACCUCCUUGCAUAUUGAGCUUGCUUGCGACUUGGAUUUCUUUGCCAUUGCUACUUUGUUGCUGUGAUAUCCUAGAAGUUCCAGUCAAUUUGUUUUCAACAUGGCUGUAGAAUCCUCGGCAAUUGGUUUUGAAGGUUAUGAGAAAAGGCUAGAAAUUUCUUUUUCUGAGCCUAGUAUUUUUGUUGAUCCUGAAGGAAAAGGACUUCGACGUCUGUCCAGGUCCCAGUUGGAUGAGAUUCUAGGACCAGCUGAGUGCACUAUAGUUUCUUCAUUGUCAAAUGACCAUGUUGACUCCUAUGUCCUAUCGGAAUCUAGCCUCUUUGUUUAUCCUUACAAAAUCAUCAUCAAAACCUGUGGGACUACAAGGCUACUCCUCUCAAUCCCACCCAUAUUGAAGUUGGCAGACACGCUCGAACUUUCUGUGAGGUCUGUGAAAUAUACUCGUGGGAGUUUUAAUUUCCCUGGCGCUCAACCAUAUCCUCAUCGUAAUUUCUCUGAAGAAGUAGCUAUCCUUGAUAGUUAUUUCAACAAGCUUGGUUUGGGCAGCAUGGCUUAUGUGUUGGGUGGGUUGGAUAAACCACAGAAAUGGCAUGUCUACUCUGCAUCUGCAGAGGCAAUGGACUAUAAUUAUGCUGUUUACACACUGGAGAUGUGCAUGACUGGCUUGGAUAGGGAAAAAUCUCGUGUCUUUUACAAAUCCGAGUCAGGCUCAGCUGCGACAAUGACUGUUGAAUCUGGUAUUAGAAAAAUUCUUCCAGGGUCAAAGAUCUGUGAUUUUGAGUUUGAUCCUUGUGGCUAUUCCAUGAAUUCUGUUGAAGGAGCUGCAAUUUCUACAAUUCAUGUGACCCCAGAAGAUGGUUUCAGUUACGCAAGCUUUGAAACUGUGGGAUACAAUCCAAAAAUUGUGAACCUGAACCAGUUGGUUGAUAGGGUUUUGGCAUGCUUCAGUCCAAGCGAGUUCUCCAUUGCUGUGCAUACAGAUCUCGCAGGUCAGCAAUUUGUGAGGAACUGCAGUCUAGAAGUGAAGGGAUAUUGUUGUGGAGAGAGGAGCCAUGAAGAACUUGGAAUGGGUGGUUCCAUUGUCUACCAAAAGUUUGCUAGGAUUGGGGACUGUGGGUCUCCUAGAUCGACUCUGAAAUGCUGCUGUGGCGAGGAGGAAGAGGAUUAGUUUGUUUCCUUUGUCGUUUUAAUCCAAUAAAGUAAUCAUUGCUGUCUUUGGCAUGAUUGUCUGUGUUCUUUAUUGUCGCUGGAGGCAGUAUUUGCCUUUGGCUGUCGUGUUAUUUCGUUUCUUUUGAAGAGAUUGGCCUUGUAUGCUGAAACUCUAUUGCUAAUAAUAUGUUAAUCUUCCGUUCUUUGUUGUA